GAAACUUUGGUUCCAACGAGCCGGGCCGAGCCAGCAGGUGUCAGCGAACGGCGGCGGCCCACAAUUCUCAAGCUGAUUUGCUUGGCAGAUAUCUUCCAGGUUGUCACUUGAACUCGGAAGCAUCUCGCAGAGGGGCUGCAUGCUGGGUUUGGUACUCCCUCAACGGAUUCUUGCAUGUGUCAAUCUCAGUCAAGCAGUCAUUUGAGCCCCCGUCUGCAAGAUCCGAGAAGGACUUGAAUGGGGCACGGAUGAGUGGCAGGGCAGCAAAGAUGAAAGACAGCUGUUGACAAAGAAGAUCCCGAGCCUUCUCUUCCAGAAUGCAACCCUACAAGAUACUACGUAUCUAGGUACACGUGUGCGUGUCGGAAUGAUUUAAUAGAUAAGCAGCUGAAGAUCUCGAAGACAAAAAGGCAAAAAAAGAAAUAAAAAUAAAAUAAACGAACACAGCAUAAUAACUGACCUCUUCGAUACGAAUGGUUGAUAAAAAGCCGUAGCUAGGUGUUCUUCCAGCACCGUGGAGUUGAUGACGUACGCACAAACAGCUGCAGUGCCGGGGCUGUGGAUGCUUCCAUUUGGCGCGGAAAGCUACCUAGCUUCUCAAGUACCAGCUGAGAGAAGAGCAGCUCGUAGCAGCCUCGCAUUGCUCUCAAACCCUCAACAAUAAUCAUACAUGGAAGCUGUUUCACCUGCCUGGUAUAGAUCUGCAUCCCAAUUGAAGAACAGCUGAAAAAAGAAGGCUGCGUCUUUCUCGAAGCCGUCACUAAAUACAGAGGUCUGCCCCACCCUGCCCCGCCUUGUCCCCCAGGUCCGCUUAGUGUAGAUUCGCUGCCCCACAUCCGAUAACUUCGAUUCACUCUUGCAAAAGAAAGACUGGAAGAGUACCCACGGGCCAGUCUCGCCAUCCCUCAUUCAUCGAGCAUCGGCAUCGUCCAGAUUUGUCCAGUACAGCAUCCGAUCAGCUCCCGUUCAUCUGGCCAUAGCUCUCUCUCCCUCACACAUGUACUCCGGCCAUCCAUCAUCAUCAUUCGUCAGGUCCCGACUGGAAUCAAGCCCUGAACAGCUGCCGCCGGGUCUCCUCGAGCGCAGCUCCCUCCGUAGUGGAGCCCAAGCAGCAGCUUUACCAGGUAUUUACUUUGUACAAGCCAGAUGGCUGGAGCUCUGCAACCAGAAGACUCGCGAGAUCGUGCCGUCUCUUCUGAGCCCUGCUCGACCCGCCCCAAUCCCUUCGACGACAGCGAUAUCUCGUCACGGAAACGUCGCCGUACCUCUCUCAAUAGUGUUUCCCGAAGCCGGUCGGUAGAUACGAUAAUAUCGUCUCCGCCCUCGCCUGCUGCCGGUGAGGUCCCGGCAGCCGCUCUGAAGAGUGACUCGGCCAUGAAGGUCGACUCUGACCCUACCAUUUCCACAAUACCUACCACCCCCGAGCAGAAGCCCCUCGACCUCGAUGCCGAGCCUCCUUCAGCAUUGACAUCUAGGCACGUCACAAUCAACGUGAGGACUCCUUCGCGUCUACCCGGAGCUUCUCCAGACUCCCCGUUAUCACCAUCCUUCAGGGCAGCCACCCCUGCCUCGCCCACCAAUGUCGUCAAGCUGAGCAUUGAGGAUUCGGAGCUUGACAUGGCCCAGGAGGAUGCUGCGCAGGAUACCCCGGUGUCGUCGGCGUCGGGACACAGCAGUCCGCCAGUUGAGGUGAUAGCGAUACCACCAGAUGAGGACGAUGAUUUUGAGGAUGGCGGGUCUAUCGCCAUUCUGGAUGGAAACGAGCAAGACCCCAUCGGCUUCGAUUCAUACCAAGAUCCCACUUUGAAUUUCCCUUGUCGCGAAGACCAUGAUUCGUGGCUGGAUGCGGUGACCAAAGCCACGAACUACUUUGCAAACCACAUCCAAAUAGCCCAAAAGCUCCAGGAGUUCAUUGAAGACUAUUUGGUCUUUGCAGAGAACUCAUCGCACAAGAGAUUUGUGAUAUCGUUCCUUCAACAUCUGGAUCUGUGGCUGAACUUGCCUGACAUUGUCUGCGUCAUGCUAGGCCGUGUUUACCCGCCGCAAAAGGAAUUUCGAGCCGAAAUCUUUCAGUUCUACAAGUGGUUCGCCAAGUUGACCGCCUUCUUCGUCAAGAAGGAUGCUUAUGACUUCGAGAAGAUCGUGGCGGACGAGCAAGGAAUUCGGCUCCGUGAGCCCAUCACACCAGCCUAUGUAUCCGCCCUUGCAGCACUGGUACGGAAAAGAGGACAAGAGAAUUAUCAGCGCGCCGAGGACGAGUUUUAUACCGAACUGCAGCAGGUCAUUGGCUGCUUCCAGAGCUACAACACAACACCGGGCGGCACUCUCACCCAUGUGUUGAACCUGGCCAAGGCGGAGGUAGAGCUCAUCCCCCAAUACCCGAAACUUGCGGAUCAUGUCACCAAUCUGAGCUCGCUCGCCACGGCCGUCCUGGGCCGCUGUUUCUUCGUGCAAAGUCACGAUAGCCCGCAGGCGGCUCAGCGUGCCAGAGCCCUCAUUGCUCGCGGCUACCACUUCUUUCUUCACAUGUCAACAUCUCUGUCCACCUUUGUGGACAAGGGACCGAAUCACUUCUCGCCCGAAAAUGCUGCCACUCUCCUCGCGUCUCUCACAGAGAUCUACCAGAUUGCUCUUCACGUCGACGAUGUUGUUCCUCACGAGAUCAUUGCCAAUUUCCGACGAACACACCCGAUGCUUGCCACCUCGCACCUGCCUGAAGCCAUAGCGCACCUCUGGAAGUUCAAUAUCUUUAUCAGGCUUAUCAAAUCCGGCCAAAUGCAACUCCGCGUCAUGGCUGCUCAUCACAUGUGCAACGACUUGAUCGGCAUGUACAAGAAAUAUCACGAGCAAGGAGAGACGCCAAACAUGACAACGAUGCGUUUUUACGGGGAGUACCUCCUUCAAACUGGCUUGGUUAAGUACCUUCUAGGGCCGACAUGCCACCCAGAGAUUGCAGCCGAAAGUCAUAACAUCAUCGGCUUCCUCGUGGUAUCACGCACUUACAGCAACGAGCAUACGGACACCUGGUGGCAUACUGUCACGACCACACAAGACACCCGGAUAUCAGAUGCCUUGAUUCUCAUGUCUACUCGGUACACGCACCUGUUACCGUAUGACGUGCUGCUACAUCUCUGCGAGAAGCUCAACACAGUCCCUGCCGAUUCUUUUACAGAACCGAUGCGGCUGCUGUUGCUGGGUAUUCUUCAGCAGCUCAUGGAGAAGACCCGUGAGCACCGCACGAUUCCAGACCCACCUCCCUACGAGCUGUGUACGCGACUAAUCAAGGAAUCAUCCUGUUUUGGCCCGCACUCGCCAGUGGCUCAUCCCCUCCUGCAGGAGGCUGCUAUAAAGAAGUUUCGUGAGCUUUUAACGCACGGACACGGCCCCACGAUCGAUAUUCGGCGGGCCAUCGUCAUGGACUGCUUGAAUGAUAUUGCCCAUCCAACCUGGUCAGCCAUCGGAAGCUUAUGGGUACUGCAUCUUAUGGCACGGAAUCAAAUUCAACAAAAUUUCAUAUUGCUGGCCCAGGAGAAUGACCUUCCGAGGCUCUUGGUGGAGGAGCUUGAAGCUGCGAUUCCGGCAGCUCAUGCCGCAGGAUUCCCCGCCGUCCUCAGUGGAGCCCACAACCUGCCGCGGAGAGAGCUUCUUGGAGCCCUCAUCAGGCACAAGAACGGACUCGUAACGAAGGAACUGGGACUCAAGCUAUGGCAGCUCCUGAUGGGGCCUGGAGCAUCCUGUCAACAAGACAGGGAUGUCGCAUGGGAGCUUCUCUUGAGUGCAUCGGAGCAGACUCAAAUUGAGAAUCGGUUCACAUCAACCUGCUUCACCGAUUAUCUUCCGACCCUGGAGCCCGAGUUCUUUUGCCAGGGCACUCUCGACUUCGUCCGUGCCAAAGUGUUGCCUCUGGUCAAUGACCCCAGGAGCAUUGUGCUCGAUGAUGAAGAGAGUGUUGAUCAUGCGGGAAUCGAACUUUUGUGGCACAUAGUUCUGACCGCUUUACCCAACAGCACCGUCGCCAAACAUGCAAUCCGCACACUUGUUCGGGAUGUCUACAUUGAGAGCAAGUCCAUCCUAACAUUUUCUUAUUACCGUGCCAGGAAGGUGCACCUGGGCCUUGUCCGGCGGUGUCUGCGGCAGCUGUCAGGGGCUGCCUCAAGACUCAAGUCAUUUGCAGAGAGCAGCAUCGCUAGUGAUGAUGCCGAUGCCAUGGAUGUCGUGCCCUCGUAUCAGGAGGUGCAGGAGCAAGACCUGAUUUUUGUGCGUUCCCUGAGCGUUCUGCGAGAGUUUCAUCGGCUUCAUCAGGAAAAGCCUGCCUUCUGUGCCCCGGAUUUGCAAUCUCUGAUUCUAGACCCGCCGCGAGACGUGGAGGGCGAGUCGGCCGAGCUCAAGUACCAGUCAUUCGACGAAACCACCCAGACUCCCGUUCAGCCACUUAGCAUUGGCAAGCUCAACACGACAGCGUCCCUUCUGGCUAGUAUCCGCCAAUUAACAGGGUUCAACAAUUACAGAAUGUACUACCGCGGAGCUCCCUUUGUACCCACAGAAGACCAGAUCUGCAAGUCUCUCGAAGAUCUCCAGAUUCACAACGGCCUCAUCCUGGUCAAGAAGGAUUCCGAGACAGUUGUGUCGGCAAGAGCCCGACCAGGUGCAUCUGCGGUAGAUGUCGAAAUCCUCGGGCACUUUGAAGAGCUUUGGGAAUACUUGUCUCUGGAGGAGAAGUUGGCUCGUGAGAUCUACGUCUUCUUGGUAAAGCUACCUGCUGACGAAGGCAUACUCAAGGCCAUCGACACGCCUUCGCUUUCUUAUCAAGAUCUGUUCCCCGUGGGCCAAUCCUUCAAGUCGCUCUAUGCCGUGUACGCACUUCGAGAGUAUCUGUCUGACCGUCGUAAACGUCUGAACGCGGCGAAAUUCGAUGCAGGUUGCGAGAAUACGCACGAGUCACUUCGCAUGUAUGCAGACUCACUGACCCGGGUCAUGUCGCUGGUUGUUCCCGCAAUCUCGCAUGAUGUGGCAUCUCAGUGCCCGAGCCACGAGCUGCGGACCGAGUUGGAAACGGCUCUUUUGGACAUGUUUGUGUCUCUUUCAACCGAACCGGAGCUACCAGAGGAAGCAUCUCAGUACCUCGACGAGGCCUUGCUAUUACGACUCUUGACAAAUCUGGCCGCUGCGGUCUCGGGGUGUCCGCCCGCUCAUGUGAGGAGAUGCUUCCAGAGCAUUCUUGAGGCUUGUUGUUUGAGCGAAGCCUUUAUGGCUGCGUUCUGCGCCAAACCAGAAGUUCCCCCUCUGAUCGAGAGAAUGUUACUUCAUGAACCUUGCUCGCCGGUCAGCAAGAAAACUGCCGCGCUCAUCCGACAAAAGUGUGGGAUGGAGGACUCAUUCGAGGGUUAUCCUGCCCGCACCAGAGCUACGGCUUUCAGGAAGCUGUUCUGGCCACUGGUAUGCGGGCUUGUAGAACCUGCAGUCAGAAAUCGGUCAAUUGAGGUGCUCAACUUAUGUCUGGACCUCUUCAGAGCAGUGAGGAACGCACAGCCAGAGCUCCUCGAGGUUGGAAAGCUGUCGCGUCAGUGGUUUGACCUGUUGGCCGCAUAUGACACCACCGAGGAUGUGACCAAGCCCCACGUCACCGAUCAGGUGGCCAGUCUUCUUGUUCGGCUGGUGGACGCCCUGAUCAACAGCUACACGGGCGCGCAGCGAAGGGAACUCCUCCCAGCAGAGCCGGAGAUGGGGCUGGAUCUGUUUUGGAAACACCUCUUCAAUUCUAUGGACGAGAUACGAGACUAUGUGUCUGGACCGCCGAUUCUUACACCCCACACCCGAGCAAACCUGAUGAGCAUCAUAUUAGCAACACUUGAUGCCCAUCCGGGCGAUCUGCAAGGGAUUCUCGAUGCUAUGCAUGAUUUGGUUCUUCUUCAUCCCCGUAGCGAUGAAGACUUAUAUCACUACGAAUUACCCCAACAAUUCGAGAGGGAAAAGGCUAUACGGGCACCUUGUGGUUACCAGGGCCUCCGAAAUCUCUCAAACACCUGCUAUUUCAAUUCGUUGUUUACACAGCUGUUCAUGAACCACGAAUUUCGAAGGUUUAUGCUGGGCGCUAAAGUUAGGGAUCCUCGCUACGCACAGGCUCUUCUUGUCCAGACGCAGAAAGUCUUUGCGCAAAUGCAGGACAGCAUCGCGCGCUCCUGCAACCCCGAGGAGUGCGUGGCCAGCAUCAAGACAUAUGAGGAUAGUCAGAUUGAUGUUGGCGUUCAAAUGGAUGUGGACGAGUUCUACAACCUGUUGUUUGAUCGCUGGGAAGGACAGUUCUCUACACCAGAGGACAAGACCCGGUUCCGCUCGUUUUACGGUGGCCAACUUGUGCAGCAAGUCCGGUCUACAGAGUGUCCCCACAUCUCUGAACGACUGGAACCCUUUUCGGCAAUCCAAUGCGACGUCAAAGGCAACAACUCUUUGGCUAAGAGCCUGGAGGCCUAUGUCAAGGGUGAGGUCAUGGAAGGAGACAACAAGUACAAGUGCUCAACCUGUGACCGUCAUGUCAACGCCGUAAAGAGGGCCUGCCUAAAAGACAUACCAGACAGCCUCAUCUUCCACUUGAAACGCUUUGACUUCAACCUGCGCUCCAUGCAACGAAACAAGAUCAAUCAGCACUUUGAGUUUCCGGACAAGAUCGAUAUGAGACCCUACACGAUUGAUCACCUCAGCAACCCCUCGGCCGAGGGCGAGGGACUCGAGGACGUCUUCGAGCUCGUGGGUGUCUUGGUUCAUUCUGGAACAGCAGAAUCGGGCCACUACUACUCGUAUACCCGCGAGCGCCCAAGCAGCAGCGAGCAGCCGACUUGGAUCGAAUUCAACGACGAUGUAGUGACGGCCUGGAACCCAGCGAACUUGGAACAUGCCUGUUUCGGGGGUCCGGAUUACUCGGUACAGUAUCAGUCCAACGGCGUUCAGUACGACAAGCAAUACAGCGCUUACAUGCUGUUCUACGAGCGAGCAUCAUCUCUGGCAGCAAGUCAGCAAAAGUACCUUCAGCAAGCCAAGCUUUCGGUGCCACUUCGCGUGCCGGUGCCAGACCGCUUGGAGGGGUCCAUCCAUGAGCAAAACACGUUAUUGCUCCGGAGGCAUUGCUUGUUUGACCCAUACCAAAUCCAGUUUGUGAUCUCGGCCUUGGUACGCCUCAGGACGAUCCAGCCGCUGUGUAGCGAUGGCCAUAGCCUGGAGACCACGGCUCUGUGGAUGGCGAUUGGGCACUUGGAUCAGGUUGCGUCCCGCGUCAAGGACACUCCUCACUUCUCUGAACUUGCUGCCCGCAUUCAAAACCUGGUUCAGAGCUGCGGGGGCUGCUCUCACCUUCUCAUCAAGUACUUUGACGAGACUCCGGAGACUUUUAGGGUGAUGCUCCAGAGAAAUGUCGAUCCUGAUGUUCGCCAAGGCGUUGGCAACCUAGUGCUCCGAACCAUUCAGACUGUCAAGGAGCAAAUCCCUUCGUUCUAUUAUGGGCCAGGAACAGAGGUUGGCGAAGAUGACGCAUCCGACGAGGGCGGAUCUACGGACAUUGAGACAAUCCUGACGUUGAUCAACCAGCUCUGGCUUCACUUCCACACCAACCUUCGAUCAUGGCCUGAAGUGUUCGGUUUCAUGCUGGCUUUCGUGCAGCUUGGUCCUAAAGAACUCGCGGGCUUCGUUGGACACGGCCACCUCGAGUCACUACUGUGGAUUAUAGCAGCCGAUCCUGGCCUCGGCGACUUGCCACCACAGAUUUACAGGAUGGCCGCGGCAGUCUCUCGGAGACAACAGACUCGAGCGCCGUCCUACGAAGCCAUCCUCGCUCUGCUGGACUACGUGCUCGCACGAGUGCCCAUAACGGAGCCCCACGAUAGGACCCGUUAUGCUCGUCAACAAGCUGACUCGGGCUCGACGCUCACCAUGACCAACGCCGAAGCCAAAGUCCUGUGGAUGGAGUGGCCCAAGUACGGGUGCAAUAUCUUUGUGGAUCGACUUAUCCUGAUUGGACAGAACGAAAAGGCCACCCACUCGAUUCUCACAAAUCUGAUGAAGCAGAGUCUGCAGAUGGAGGAAGCAAUCUAUAGGACGUUGCGUCAGGGGAUCAGUGGCAGCACUUCGCAUGGCACACUAUCCGCACCCUAUCUCAAGGUGGCUGGUCAGAUCUUUCUUCGUUACGCCAGCGGAUUCGGGAUGGUCAACGACUUGAUCCGCCAUGUGACCCAGGAAUGUAAAAGCCUGCAGACUGCAGAGGGCAAGGCGUUUUUGGAUUUCCAGCGGAUAGCAUUUGAUGGUCCGAGAGAGUGUUCGGGAGAGAACGAGGAAGAUAUCCAUCUGAUCGGUCUUGAGAACUUGGUGGAAUGGGCCCCCAGCUUGCUUGGCUAUUAUGAACCGGCUGUCGGGGCAGAAGUCGAGCAGUUCUUGCAAGAGAGGCUUUUCACUCACCGCACCUAUACUGUGCAAGCCGAGAACAUCAUAUCCGAGGAGGAUUCGGACGAAGAUGAGGGCAUGGGUAUGGCUGAAAGGAUGAACCAGACUGCCAGGGCACUUGGUCUGCAGUGUCUCUACUACCUACGCGACAACUAUGUUAUCCGAAAUGCCGAUGUCUCCCAGCAUGUUGUCGCAAGCUUACAGCGAGUGAUCACCAAGUGCAGGAAAUACUUCGACCUCGAAAACCCGGCUGAAGACAAGCAGGGCCAAGAGUUCACCGAGCUUAGCACGGUGAUCUUGGAGUCGGUGACGAGACUUACAGUCGUCGAGGAGCUUGAGGAAGACGGCUCGGACUGGGAGAACUCAUCGAUCUGCUCUGGGCAGCUCGACAGCUUUGGCGUCUUUGCGGCAAACGCCGCACUGCAGGAUGCGGACUUACAGUGAAGAUGGAUGGAUUCGCAAGCUGACCCACGCCGGGUUGAAACUCGACCAUCGAACUGAGCCCCUUUUAUAUAUGAUGGAUUGAUUUACCUUUUUAUUGUAAUUAUUACUUUUUUUUUUCUCCCUUGCGGCUUCUUUUGAUGAAGAGUCGUCAUCAGCGAAAAGACGCCAUUUUUUCUUCUCGUAGGAGAGGCCAAACGAAAGGGCAUGAUCAAUAAGAUCUCUCAACCUGAAUUCAGCGCUCCUUGCGAGAAUUUUGUUUUUGGUGAAAGCGAUGGCGUUUUUUAAGGGAGAAGAGCUCACGCCUUGCACAUGAUGGGGGGAGAACGGGGGGAAGAGGGUUUUGUUAAUUAAAUCUGGCAUCUCAUCUAGGGGGUGAGCAUUGGGAAUGAACUUGGUUCUCUUUUUCUUAUGGUCUGUCUUUGGGUUUUGGGUUCUGGGUUGGUGGGGGCGUUAGUUCUGUCAAUGUAUUCUCUUUUCUCUCCUAGACCUUUUGGUUUGAGAGGCUCAGCGAGGUUUUGUUUUAGGUAUUCAAACAAUGGGUUUAUUAUUUCAUGGUUGGUGGUGACUGAAGGGCAUUUUGGGGGGCGGCGGGAAGAAAACCCACCCACCCAGACCAGGAAAGAGCAAAGAAUCACACAGGGGUUGGUUGGGGUUUAAGAGGGGUUUUUUUCUAGGUUUGGGUUUUUCCUGAUACUCGGGGUCAGAAUACCUAACUUCCAUAGGUUAAGAGAUUGAGGAGG